GUUCGCCGCUGGAGGGACACUGGGAUUUGGUCAAAGCAUUUCGUGUUAACCCGAGGAGGCAAAGAGAGAAGCGCUCAGUGCCUCACAGAGAAAAUACGAGGGAACAGAGCUGCGGACCAGUUUAUGAGUGAAGGAAUAAGAUCAACAGAUUGGAUCAAGGACGCCCACAUGCUUCAGCAUAAUUUCCAGUUUCCCCUGAAGAGGAAUUUGGCACACCAUUGUGAUAAAAGGGAUGAAUGAGGGCCGUUCUGCUCUCUUCAGAAGGUGCCACCUUGCUUUGUCCAAGGCCGACACCCUUGGUUCGGUUCCUGGCGAAAAUGCUGCCUCUGUGGACUGUGGGGAUGGCGCGGCCCCUCACCCCGAGAGCGACGCAGCACUCGGCCUCUCCGAGCUCUCUCACUUGUUUGAGAGCGACGACGGCGUCCCGUCGGCUCAAGACACGAGUGGCGGGUCGGCCCCGGAGCUGGCGCAGCCCGGCCUGCCGGCGGAGGGCAGACAGAACCUGCGGAUGAAGUUCCAGGGUGCUUUCAGGAAGGGCAUUUCCACCCACAUGGACCUAUUGGAGUCCACGAUAUACGAGUCAAAUGUGGUUCAGGGUCCUAAGAAAGCCCCCAUGGACUCGCUCUUUGACUAUGGCACCUGCAGGAACACCAGUAACCAGAAGCGACGCAGGAAGAAGCUCCCGAGAGGUAAAACUGAGACAUCCUGUGAUGACGGUCAAAGUUCGGACCAGCCAAAAGUAGUGAAGAUAUUCAACCGCUCCCUCCUCUUCGACGCCGUGUCACGUGCAGACCCCGAGGCUCUCGAGGGCCUGUUGGAGUACCUGCAGAGUCACGAAAAGAGGUUAACGGAUGAGGAGUUCAAAGAGUUGUCCACGGGUAAGACUUGUCUGCCUAAAGCCCUGUUGAACCUUUACGGGGGGCAGAACGUCACCAUCCCACUGCUGGUGGACGUAGCGGAGAAGACCGGAAACCUCAGAGAGUUCAUAAACACGCCCUUCCGGGAUGUCUACUACAGAGGCCAGACGGCCCUCCACAUUGCUAUAGAGCGACGCUGUAAGCAGUAUGUGGAGCUCAUGGUGGAGCAUGGAGCGGAUGUUCACGCCCAGGCGAGGGGCCGCUUCUUCCAGCCCAGGGACGAGGGAGGCUACUUCUACUUUGGCGAGCUGCCUCUCUCUCUGGCUGCGUGCACUAACCAGCCCAACAUAGUGCACUACCUGACCGAGAAUCCGCACAAGAAGGCCGACCUGCGGCGCCAGGAUUCCCGGGGAAACACGGUGCUGCACGCUCUGGUGCACAUUGCGGACAACACCAAAGACAACACCCGUUUCCUCACAAAGAUGUACGACCUGCUGCUAAUCAAGAGUGCCAAGCUCUACCCGGACUGCAACCUGGAGACAGUGUUCAACAACGAUGGCAUGUCCCCCCUCAUGAUGGCUGCCAAACUGGGCAAGAUCGGGGUUUUUCAGCACAUUAUCCGACGUGAGAUCAAAGACGAUGAAGUUCGCCAGCUGUCACGCAAGUUUAAGGACUGGGCAUACGGGCCAGUGUACUCCUCCCUCUACGAUCUGUCGUCCCUGGAUACAUGUGGAGAGGAACCGUCUGUGCUGGAAAUCCUGGUCUACAACAGCCGCAAUGAGAACCGCCAUGAGAUGCUGGCAGUGGAGCCCAUCAAUGAGCUGCUGAGGGCCAAAUGGCAGAAGUUUGCUGCAGUCACCUUUUAUAUCAGUGUGGUUUCCUACCUCAUCACCAUGAUCAUCUUCACCCUGGUGGCUUAUUAUCAUCCGACGCAGGGGACGCCUCCGUACCCUUACACAACAUCCUCUGACUACCUGCGCAUGGCAGGAGAGAUUCUCACCUUGGCAUCAGGAAUUUUCUUCUUCCUCACCAAUAUUAAGGACCUCUUUUUGAAGAAGUGCCCUGGGGUGAAGUCUUUAUUUAUGGAUGGAUCAUUUCAACUGCUGUUCUUCAUCUACUCUGUACUGAUCGUAGUCACAGCUGCUCUCUACCUGUCGGGCAUUGAAGCCUACGUGUCUGUGAUGGUAUUUGCACUUGUCCUGGGCUGGAUGAACACUCUUUACUUCACCAGAGGCCUGAAGCUCACUGGAACCUACAGUAUCAUGAUACAGAAGAUUCUUUUUAAAGACCUUUUCAGAUUUCUGCUGGUGUACGUUCUCUUCAUGAUUGGAUAUGCCUCAGCCCUGGUGUCCCUGCUGACAAUGUGCCCUCCACCAGGCACAGAGUGCGAGGGGGGCUGUCCCACCUACCCCAAAUGCAGGGACCCAGAUACUUUCAGUGCUUUCCUACUGGACCUCUUUAAGCUGACUAUUGGGAUGGGAGAAUUGGACAUGAUUCACAGUGCACAGUAUCCGGCAGUCUUCCUCAUCCUGUUGGUCACUUACAUCAUCCUAACUUUUGUCCUGCUGCUAAACAUGUUGAUCGCGUUGAUGGGGGAGACCGUGGGACAGGUGUCAAAGGAGAGCAAGAAGAUCUGGAAGCUUCAGUGGGCAACGACCAUCUUGGACAUCGAACGCUCUUUUCCGGUGUGCCUUCGCAAGUCUUUCCGAGCCGGGGAGAUGGUGACUGUGGGAAAGAGCUGGGAUGGCACACCGGACCGCCGCUGGUGCUUCAGGGUGGAUGAGGUGAACUGGUGCCACUGGAAUCAGAACCUUGCAAUAAUCAACGAGGAUCCAGGCAAGAACGAGGUCUGCCAAGCCAAUGGGUUGCAGCAGGGUGUCAGAGCCUUGCGGAGAGAUCGCUGGUCCACAGUGGUUCCGCGGGCGGUGGAGUUGAGCAAAGGGCCGCGGCCUCGUGAUCUGGCGAUAGAGAUGGAGCCGCUGACGCCCAGGCACUGACGCCUGCAGAAGAGUAGAGCACUCUUUCUUACAAAGAGAAGUGAGCAGUGAGAUCAGCAAUCAAUAGCUACUAAUUUGCACCGAUUAUACGGAUAUAUGGAUUUUGUUCAGAAAAGGCAAAGUAAAUAUUACAGUAAUACAGAGGACUGAGCACACAAAAACACUGAAUGUACAAUGUCUUAAAGAAACCGUCAACAUGUUUUUUUAAUAACUAACAGAAGUAUAGUUACUGCAGCCAAACAAAUUCAAUUCAAUUCAAUUCAUUUUAUUUUGUAUAGCCCAAAAUCGCAAAUUACAAAUUUGCCUCAGAGGGCUUUACAGUCUGUACACAUGCAACAUCCUCUGUCACAAAAGCUUUGAUAGAAAUGCCAUUACCGAGAUAGUCACAAUGGGAGGUACUGCGUCUGCAAAUCAUUGCAAUAAUAAUAAAUAUUGAUGAGGUUAUAGUACAUUUUGAUUUUAUUUGCUUCUUGUACAGCAAGUACAUUCAAGAGGUCCCUAAAUGAGAUUAUAUCAUACAUAGCAAUUUGUCAUUAUUGUUUAUUGUUCAAUAUAUGUGUGUUUAAUGUAUAAAGACAGGAAAAAUGCAUUUUGCUAAUUUUUUUUAUACUAAUCCAAUAGUUUUUAAAAUCUCAGCGAGUUGUUGCACUGGCUCAGUCAGUGCAUCUUUCAUUUCAUUGGAAACAAUGCAGUAUGCCAAUUUCUGAUGUGUGCAUUAUUGUAUGAACACAAUGACAUUGUUCUGAACAAGAUGGGCAUGAUGAGCAGGUUAUAGUUGUGAAGCAAAUAUGCAAAUGCGAGACAAUAGCCUUCCGUGUUACGGUUUGUCUUUGAAUUUGCAGUUAUUGUUCCUUUGCAGCUGGGGCAUUUGCAUAAUCAACUCUCAGGCCUGGCUAUUAUGUGCUUCCCCCUGUUUGCUGCGAUGUUUUAUUGCAAUUGGCUCCCUGCCCUAUAUAGCACCUUGUUUAUGCCCUACUACUGUAUGUAUACAUGUUUUUUCUGUUCUUGUACUACAUGGCAGGGUUUGAUUAAGAGCAACAACCGUAUACAGUU